AUGUCUCCCUCACGAUUGUACGAUGUGUUCCUGCGCCUGCCACCAGCGACAGCCAUCUUACUGCUCUCGGCGUUGUUUGCGACGACUGAGGGGCAUGCGCUGCCGCGCCAGACGAAGACGGCGGAAUACUAUGAGUUAAACGUUUCCGCAUGGCAACCCCUACCGACAGAAGCCCCCAUCUCGCCUCUCGAACUACUACGAAGACAGGAGGAAAACACAAUAUGCGGUUACCUUGGCGGAGACUCGGCAUUGCCCGCAACAUGCUCAGCUGGGUCGCAUUGCGUACUUGAUAGCGACAAUGGAGUUGUUGGAUGCUGUCCGAACGGAGGAACUUGCACUACCGGAGUUUUUACGGGCUGUGUCGAUUACAACAGCGGAGCGCAGACCGAGGCCAACCCAUAUGUCUACACGUGCCAAGGGUCGGACGUGUGUUACAAGAACGAAUUCGAUGGUGGGUACUUCCAAUAUGGGUGUGGAACGGCUUCAGACCUAGCGACCACGGUCCAGACGACGGCCAGCGGCAUUACAAAUAGCUUGACGUUGGACAGAUCGUCCGUGGCUCUGACGGGAUCGCCUACCUCAUUAUCUGAGCCGACUUCAAUCAACCCUAGCACCGGAACGAGAAGCUACACCAGGUCGACGAGCUCUAGCAAGAGCUCGACUCUCUCCUCAGAAUCAUCUUCGAGUUCCACGUCAAGCUCGACGUCAACCAUUAGCUCCCCUUCCUCGUCCAGCCAAGCGUCAAGCACGAACCCCCCAACGUCUUCUGGAACCACCGACGCCGGGUCUUUGACAUCGUCACCCAGCCCGACUGUGGCACCUGCUACUGGGCAACACUUUAAUAGGACGGGGGCUAUAGUUGGGGGGACAGUUGGUGGGGUGGUGGUUCUGAUUGCCUUGGCCGCGACAUUGAUAUUCUGCUUGCGGAAGAGGCGAGGCAACAACCGUCAAGGACCUGGACCAGCCCCUGGUCCCGCGCCUACGACGGAAUAUCUCAGCCCAAUGCGAUCACAUGGCGCAGCUUUCGCUCCAUUGCCAACAUGGCAAGAAGAUGAAUCUCAACAGCACUAUGCGCCAUCAAACUACAGUUACCCGAGCAGUUUUAACGGCUACCAACAACAGGAUGUCGGAAACGUGACAUCAGUCAGCGUCGGUGCCGGAGCAGCACAGCUGCCACGAUAUAACCCGGCUCACGUGGCAGGGGUCGGUAGAGGCCUUGCGCCAGUUGAGGAAGAAAGCAUACCAGACAACACACGCGAGAUCGAUGAAUUUUCCAACGGCUACAACAAUGCCAUGGGACGGAUAAACGACGAGGAUAUACGUCCAUUGACUGAAGAUGAAGCUGAGUCUAGGACAGGUUCAGAGUCGGGAAGCCCAUCGAGAGGUGGUGGCAAUAGACCAUUGUGGCAGCAGAAUCGACGGCAGAGUCGAAAUUUGAUGUGGAUGUAA